UAUCUGUCUGACUGCACGUUCCUGAAACUGAUUCUCAAGUAGACCCUAUUUGUUACAGUGUGUGAAUGGCUUAGGGUAUAAGAGUGGGGUCCCCUUUCAGAGCGUGAAUCAGUUUAGAUCACCUCCCGUCCACAUGGCAAAGCUGCUUCUGCAUGAGCUGCACGAGUGCUUGGAUCAUGGCUCUACGGUAUUCUCAUCACAAAACAUCUUCAAAUUGGUUCUUAAACUAGUAAACUAUUAAUGAACUGCUACAGAAUUGAGACAUUUUGACUCUUUUAAUGAGUCAGAGGGACAGGAUGAUUGAUCGGACUCUGGAAUAGUGACAUCAUUUUAGAUAAAGCUGAUUGCAUUCAGCAGGUAAUCUCUGAUAUUGUGUUGUAUCAACGACUGGAUUUAUUUGGAGCUUGGAAACAGUUCAAAUGGUGUAACACAUCAGGAAUCAGGGUCAUCAUACUUCCACCUUGAACUAUAGUGGUCAGCAAGGGUCAAGUUCUUAGAUUGUCCAGCAACCAACAGGGAGUAAGCCAGCAUUCCGAGGAAUUGUACUUUUCAAGGACCUAUGACGUAGGUCAUUCCACAGACUGUGAUGGGAGAAAGUGUAAAUGGAGCUUGCGUGCCAGGGAUUUGAUAAAAAGCCCUCUACUGGACUUACUUUUAUCACUGUGAGACUACUGGUCCAAGAAAGAUACUAUUUUUGAGAGGAAGCUUAAAGCGGAGCUCCUCGGAAGAAAUGACUUUUUGAAACUUGGAAGAUACUAUUUUUGAGAGGGAUUUAGGAGAGCAUAAAACAGAUAAAUAUAUAUCUUGGCAUCUGGUGAAUGUGAUCUGUCUAACUAUUUAAAGAAUACCACUUGGAUCCCUAGGAGCUGUAUUGGAAAGCACUUCAUCUGCAUUACUUUGGUAUUUGAAGCACUAUAUUUCUAACCAUUUGUGAUCCAAAGGAAACCUUGUGAAAUGAUUGGAUCAAGACUCCUUUGAUUAAAAUGGCAAUGGUCGGGAAAAGGAGCUUACUUGAAUCACUGUGAUCAUCACUUUGCAUCAAAUUGUAGCAUCUACUUCUAACUAUCUGCAAGUAUACUGAAGGAAAAUGCAUAAGAACUAGACCCUCUCAUUAUGUACAGACCAACUUUACUCAAGAUGUUAUUGGGCAUCUGUUUGGUUGUCAUGGCAACUAGUCUGACUUCUGUCUCUGCAGAAAGGGUCCCAGAAUGGAACACAUGGCAGCAGCUACGACUGCCCAAGAUGCACACUGAACAAGGUAGUGAGAUGGACACUCUUUCACAGACUGCCAAAAUAUUUCAUGAAUUAAAAGCAGGAAAGAGUUUGAAGUUUGGAGACGAGCAUCUAAACUUGGAAUCUAUCGAGAAAAGUCUUUCGUUUGAACAAACUAGUGCUCAAAACCUGAGUGAUAUUCUUAGAACUAAAGUCAGUGUGGAUGAUGCUUGGGAUCUACUCAAUUUCAAGCUCUUUCCAGGAGACAGUUCAGCCAGCAUGGAUCCCGGUCCACCCCGUAGGAAGAGACAUAUUUUUGGCACGGACACGAGGUACCAGAUCACUAAAGACUUCAGGAAGAUAUUCCCGUUUUCAGCAGUCGCCCAGCUGUCAACGGGCUGCUCCGGUGUGUUGAUAGGCCCUAGGCAUGUUCUGACUGCAGCAGAAUGUAUUCACAAUGGCAAACGGUACCGUGGCAAUGCCAAGAAUCUUCGGGUUGGACUCGUUCACCCAGGAAACCUAACAACCCCUAGAAGAGCGCCCUCUAGAGGCUCGAAGCAAGAUGCUAGUCUAAAGUGGUAUGAGGUUGAGCAGCUCUACAUCCCUGACGGAUGGGUAUCACCAAACUACAUGGAGCAGCGCGAUUCCUUCAACUACGCCGUUCUCAAGCUUGCAGAGAACCACAACCUAAACUGCAUGGAGGUAGGCGUCAGCUCCAGUCACAAUACCAACAGAAUGCAGCGAAUCCACUUCUCUAGUUUUGAUGAUUAUGAAUACAAUGAUAAUCCUGUUCUUGCAUACAGACAUUGCUUUAUUGAGCAUGUAAGCGAAACAGAGAAUUACCUCUAUGAAAAAUGUGACUCUACAAAAUCAUCAGUGGGGGCAGGGAUUUACUUGCGACUUUGGGACAUGGAGAAUUGGCAGUGGUCGCGACGCGUGAUGGCUGUGAAGACGUCAGAGAUGGUGAGAAUGAGAAUAAGGGGUAGGAUAGUGAGGACCGGGAGGGAUGUACGUUUGACGCUCCUGAACUUUGGUCAGAUUUGUUAUUGGGUGAUGGGAGACUUUGAGGCCUGUAGUCGAGGGAGGAUUGAAGAUGCUUGCCUUAUGCCUUAAAGAUAAUGCAAUUGUCAUGGAAAUGCACGUCAGAAUAUAUAAACACUGGACUCUUGACACGCACAUCUGCUGGUUCAUGAGGCUAAUAUUGUACAAGAUGAACAUAUACUAUGCAAUGUAUUGCCCGAGUGGGUCAAGUAAACAGUGGCUGAAAGGAAUUCAUAUUGGCUGAUAUAUUUCUAAUAUUCACUACAUUACUUUAAAAAAAUGAUUUUGUUCAAAUAACAUGAGCGGGCUGAAAUAAUUUAAGCACCAUCUAAAUUAAUCCUUUACAAUAAUCUUAACAGUCUCCUUCAAAACAAUUGUUCUUAUUAAAAUAUUUCCCAAAGUACUUCAUGUAGUGUGGAUGACUAUUUUAUAUCAUUUGAUAAAGUUACUGUUAAUGCUGCUUUAAUUCAAUCCUUCACUUUGAUUAUUGUUUUUAUAAAGCUUUAAGGAUUUAUUUAUAGACUGUUAUUUAUGUGUAUACUUCUGAACGUAACUAUCAUUUAUCUUAUAGUGUUUCUGUAUGUACAUGUAUAUAAAUACUAUCAAUUGUUUGUAUAGGUUAAACAAGUGUUGUUAAAGUAUAUUCAAGAGAAAUGAUGAAUAUUUAAUGAUUUGUUAAAAUGUCAAAAUGAUGUUAAAUUUUGUUUUCUUCAAAUGCUGAAGUAGAUUUUGAACCUUCACAUACUAUGUACAUAGAUAGGGAAGAAAAAAAAACAUGCAAGUGCAAAAAAAAAAGUACUAAAAUAUGCUUUUACUCAACACUUGAUGUUUGUUUUUAACCAUCUAGAAAGGAUAUAAGGAAGUAUGUGCUUACCUGUUUUCCGUGAUUUGAAGUGAAGUAUGGUAGACAAUGCAUGGAAAGAAAAAAGACAGAAAUAAACAUAGAUUACAAACGAUGAUAACUUAAACAUGGCAUGACAAUCAUGAUCUUUUAUUUCAUUUUAUUUUAUCAAAGUACCUGAUGAAAUAUUGGCACAAAUUUGUCUUAUUUCAUACUUCCCCCCUUGAGGUUUGAAUGAACCAUAGUAGACCUAUAUCAGACUGGAAAUCUAAAAAUGAUAUGAAUCAGGAUCUAUUGGGAAAACUAAUGUGGCAAAGUUUAGGUUUCAAAGAAAAGUAAUGUUACUGCCAAAUGAACCCCAUCCAGAACAAACUAUGAUGUGAUGAAGCAAAUCAAGACAGAUCAAGACAAACCAAAUAAUGAAAUUGCCCUCAUUCUGUUCACAAUUUGUGACUUUGGAUCAGGGUCAAAUUAAAUAGUUAAUCUGUUGAGAGUAAAAAGCACCUUAGCUUUAUAAGUUUAAGCACUUUUUUUCUCUGAGCCCAUGAGACAUUGUGUAUAAUAUUGACACUUUUUUUAUUGCUCAAAUUUAUGAAGCUGACAAUGACAAAUUACUUUCAUAUAUCUAUGUCUCGAUCUUCAGUCCAUGUGGACUACACAACAA